UUGUGGCGGCAAAAGAACGCUACAAAACAGAUGAUAAAUCAUCGACUACAGUCACAAAAUGAACAGUGUUUGCGCUUCAUAAUGUUGCAUUAGUGCUAAAUCAUUCCUGUCUUUAUCGUAAAGUGAAAUAGAAAGAGAAAUAUGUCCAGCGACCAAAACCACAUGAAGGCACCAAAUGUCACAAUUACGAUUUCCAAACUUGCAUCAUGUGAUACCUCUGAGUUUCCAGACUGAGUAAUAGAGAGCCACAGAGAUCCAUUGUGUGACAUCAAUAGAACAAGUGUUUGCACCCUUAAAACUAAAAAAAACCCCACCAAGUCCAGAAGAUUCUCGCUUUGAGGGAAAUGAGAAAGAGACAACAUGCACAGGAGCGACAAUAGAGGAAGUUGGGAGUUUCAACCUGAGGACACCUUAAUAGAGAAGACUGGUAAGUUUCCAUCUAGUUUGGCCCAAGCAAACCUCAACGGACAGAAAAAGGCAGGUUCCGCUGUGGAUGUCCCAAGUCUGGCUUAUAGGAAUGAAGAUAUAAUGUCAGAGAGUUGGAGGCAACACAGGAAGCAUGUGUUUGUGCUGAGCGAGGCGGGGAAGCCCAUCUACUCACGCUAUGGCAAUGAGGAGGCCCUCGCCUCCACCAUGGGUGUCAUGAUGGCAUUGGUCUCCUUCGUCCAGGCUGGAGGCAACAUGAUUCGGUCUAUUUUUUCAGAUGAGCACACGGUGGUCUUUUUGCAGAAGGGUCCGCUGGUGUUUGUAUCAGUUUCUGCCACUCGCCAGUCUGAACAGCAGCUGCGCAGCGAGCUCCUCCAUGUCUAUCAUCAGAUAGUCAGCAUGCUCACGCAGGCCAGCAUAAACCGCAUUUUUGAGCGCCGCAAGAACUUUGACCUGCGGCGUCUGCUGUUUGGCUCGGAGAAGGUUCUGGACGGCCUCCUCGAUGUCAUGGAUUCUGAUCCCAGCUUCAUGCUGUCGGCCGUCCAAUGCCUGCCUCUGCCAUCCUCUUCCAGAGACACCCUCAGUCACAUCCUACAGAAAGCCGUCACCCCGAAUCUGGUCUUCUCUUUUCUCAUUGCCAAUAACCGACUUGUCUCUGUCGUUCAGGAGAAGACGGUCCUGGAGGACGCUAGACUAAAACCCAGUGACCUUCAUCUCCUCUUCAACCUGAUCAGGGCCUCCUCUGCUUUUCAGGCUGGAGAGAUAUGGACGCCCAUCUGCCUGCCUCUGUUCAAUCACGACUGCUACUUUUAUGCUUAUGUGGCAUAUCUAGAUCCUCCAGAAUGUACUGUAUGCCUUGUUCUUCUUUCUACAGAUAAAGAAGCGUUUUAUGCCCUGGCAGAGUGCAAAAGGAAAAUUGAGGAAGCUUUCGCAUCCCAGAAUGCCUUGCAGUGGGUGACAAACACUCCGUUAUACUACGUUGGCGAUAUCGGUGUAGCUAAUCUUAAACACUUCCUUUACAAGCCCUCAAAAGUGCUAGACCACCAUCGCCAGCUGCCACAGUUCACAUGCCCAGAGAUGGAGGUGGCAUAUAGAAGCCAGGAAGAGAGGAUACACCUGCUGGAUCUGUAUCGCAACAUGCACAAUCGUAUCCACAGUACGUCACGACCACUUAAACUCAUCUACCAUUCUGCAGGCAAAGAAACUCUGCUGGCGUGGGUCACUAGCAAGUUUGAGAUGUUCGCCUGCUUUACUCCGCUCAUCACUAAGAAAUCAGCUAUCAGUGAACUCACUAAACUGCUGCGAUGGAUCAAAAAGGAAGAGGAGCGUCUCUUUAUCUGUCAGCUCCCAAAAUACUCCAGUGCCCCGCAGCCCGGCCGGAGCUCCACAGACAGGGGGAGAUCAGACAGACCGGAUACAUCAGACACUGGACUUCUGUCUCUCUUGUAGCCUUGGGUAACAUACCGGCCAACGCACAAGUUGCUGUUUUACUUCCAUGUUUUAUGGUAUUCAGUGGGUUAUGAAAUGGGAAAUGUGGCUGCAUUGAAUAUAUGUGGUUUGUUUGUGGGUUCACAGGUGGCGUGUUAACUUAAUGCAGUUAAAGUUCUCCAAUCUAUGUUAAUUUUUCUGUUCAACUUUUCAUGCAUUGUUCUGCUGAUAGCGUAAUUUGUAAUGUCAGGCUUUUGUUUUAAAUUAGUACAAAAUAAAAUAAUCACGCACACUAGUUUGGCAGCAGUAAGAUUUGAUGUUCUUGAAAGAAGUUUCUUAUGCUCACCAAGGCUGCAUUUAUUUGAUUAGAAAUACAGUAAAAACAGUAAUAUUGUGAAAUAAUAUUACAAUUUAAAAUAACUCUUUUCUAUGUUAAUAUAUUUUAAUAUAUAAUUUAGUUCUGUGAUAUCAAAGCUGAAUUUUCAGCAUCAUUACUCCAGUCUUCAGUGUCACAUGAUCCUUCAGAAAUCAUCCUAAUAUGCUGAUUUGCAGCUCGAGAAACAUUUAUUAUUAUCAACAUUGAAAAAAUGUGUGCUGCUUAAAUAUUCUUGUGUGUGGAAAGCAUUUAUUUGAAAUAGAAAUAUAAUACAAAGUUAUUAUUAUUACUUUUUAUGUGUUGCUUGUUUUGCUAAGAUAUUUAACAACUACUUAAAAAAAAUUAUGACAUUCACAAACAGCAUGAAUUUUCAUGCCAUUUUAAAUCAAAUUACAGAAUUAUUGACUGGUAAAAAUGGCUAACUCAUGUGACACUCAGAUGUUUCCAGAGUUACUGAUGUUUGUUCUGCAGAUACAGUAAAG